AUGACUUCCCAGCACACCCGGAAGCCUCGCGAGUCCACCCGCCCCGAAAUGUCUAUCGGGCGAUACACACGACUCGAUGAGAUCGGUCGAGGGAGCUUUGCAACAGUCUAUCAGGGUGUUCAUACUAAAUCACGCACCUUUGUAGCCAUUAAGUCUGUGAACAUGUCAAAGCUGAACAAGAAGCUGAAAGACAACCUUUCCUCCGAAAUCGAUAUUCUCAAGGGCCUGCAUCACCCGCAUAUCGUCGCACUUAUCGACUGCCACGAAUCCACCUCGCAUAUCCAUCUGGUUAUGGAAUACUGUGCUUUGGGGGACUUGUCACUUUUCAUCAAACGUCGUGAUACUCUUGCUGGUCAUCGGUACACUCGUGACAUGAUUGCCAAAUACCCGAAUCCACCAGGCGGAGCGCUGAAUGAGGUCGUCACUCGACAUUUCCUGAAACAACUUGCUAGCGCAUUGCAAUUCCUACGAGAUCGGAACCUCAUCCAUCGCGAUAUCAAGCCACAAAACCUCCUACUUUGUCCUUCACCUUCCUCGUACCGGAGUGGCACGGCCCAGGUCGUUCCUUUCAAAGGUAGCGAUGACUCUUACGAGCCGAUUACAGGCCUGGAGUCUCUACCAAUGCUCAAGAUUGCCGAUUUUGGGUUCGCGAGGUCCUUACCAGCGACUUCGCUAGCGGAGACUUUAUGCGGGUCUCCGCUUUAUAUGGCGCCUGAAAUCCUUCGGUACGAAAAGUACGAUGCCAAAGCUGACCUUUGGUCUGUCGGAACCGUGCUUUAUGAGAUGGUUGUUGGACGACCUCCGUUCCGUGCAACAAACCAUGUCGAGCUACUCCGCAGGAUUGAAAAGGGAGAAGAUCGAAUCCGAUUCCCAGAGGAAAACCCAGCCUCGGAUAAUAUCAAGAAGCUGAUUCGGGGCCUCUUGAAGCGGAACCCAGUGGAACGAUUGAACUUUCCCGAGUUCUUUAAUAAUAAUGUUAUUACUGAUAUUAUCCCCGGCUUGGUGGCUGACGACGCACCACAGCCACGACGCCUCUCUACAGAGGAUCUCAAUGAACCGAGGCCAUAUAGGGUCGAGUCUCGACCAGAUUCAAAGUCCGAUAAAGAUUCACCAUAUCUUGCAGAUCAAGAAGAGCCUAUGACAUAUCCGUCUUCCCAUCGAGCUUCCAUCAAUCGUCAGAAAUCAACAGACGCCCCAUUGGCCUCUUCACCGAUGCGUCGGACGGGUAGUGCAGAUAGGCCGGCGUCGGGCAUUUCUAAGGAGCAUCCCCGAGGUAAUACUCCACCGCAACGACCAGGUGCAAUUACCCAUGCUACCGCUCCCGGACGACAGGAGCUUAUUGACCGGAAUACUGCGGCUACUGUGAUGGACCGACAGCGAAACCGGAAUACGUAUUCUGGGCCGUCCAAGCUACAAGUUGACCGAUCCCAGGCCGAAAAUGAACGAGCGGCCCAAGAAGUCGCAUUUGAGAGAGACUAUGUUGUUGUGGAAAAGCGGGCCGUUGAAGUCAACGCAUUUGCUGAUGAGCUGGCCCACAGUCCACGCAUUCAAGGUGGAUUUGCCCGGGGACAGUUAGGCGCUACAUCUCGGCGUGCAACUACCCAGGGGCUGCCAACCGUAUCAUCAAAUUCCCCGCAUGGAAACGCUUCCAAGGCUAUGCAGAUUGUUUCUAACCGCGCCCGAGCAGACUCAACGCAUCAGCGCCAACAUUCAUAUGAGCGCCGGUAUGGACAGAGCCCAACAUCGGCAACAUCGGCUAUUUCCAAAGCUCUGAACAUGGCUAGUGGCCGUCUUUUUGGUAUGGGCUUUUCGCCUCCGAUGGCUGUCACCAAAGGAGGGCGAUCACCACCUCUAGCCUAUAACCCAUUCCCGGCAUAUCCAGCUGCUCAAGCGAGCCUGAUGCUUAUGGGAGAAGGGACUAAGACCAAUGCUGCUGUUGAUGAAGACUACAGGACAGUUUCAGUAAUUGAAGAAUGUGCAACCCGCAGUGAUGUUGUCUAUGGAUUCGCCGAAGUGAAGUACAAGCAGCUUAUCCCGCUGGCACCUUCAGCAAACAUUGAUCCCUCGAGGCCGACUGGAGUUACCGAUGCUGAUGAGUCCGGUGACGAUGGCUUGACAGUCGACGCUAUUGUGACCCUUUCCGAAGAAGCACUGGUUCUGUACGUCAAAGCCCUGUCAUUACUUGCAAAGUCCAUGGACAUUGCAGGGGCAUGGUGGUCAAGGAAGAACCGAGAAGAUGCUUAUGGAGAUCAUUCGAGCCGAGGCGAUGGCACCAGCGCGCUAGCUGGUACUCGCAUCAACAACGUCGUCCAGUGGGUCCGAAGCCGUUUCAACGAAGUGCUAGAGAAGGCCGAAUUCGUCCGCCUAAAGCUUAUUGAAGCACAGAGGCGAUUGCCACCCGAUCAUCCUGGUCAUCCAGAUAACCGUUCUGUGGGGUCUACUGCGGCCUCUUACGGAUCAACCGAUGUUGUCGUCAGCCCCGGCGUUACCGCAGAGAAGUUGAUGUAUGACCGAGCAUUGGAGAUGAGUCGGGCCGCAGCAAUCAAUGAGUUGACUAGUGAAGAUCUUGCCGGGUGUGAAAUUGCUUAUGUUACUGCUAUCCGUAUGUUGGAGGCAGUUCUUGAGGAUGACGGAUCACAGUCGGCCUCAGGAGUUGCGGGCAUUCAAGCCUCCUACGGAAGUGACAAGACCUCCUCGGACGAUAUGCAGGGGGAGGAUCGCCAGAUUGUCGUCAAAUUGGUCUCUAGCAUGCGUGGCCGCCUGACGUCUCUCCGCAAAAAGCUUGCUGUCCUCUCUAAACGAUCAUCAGUGCCAACACCCUCGACGGGUGGUGGUCGGAUGCCAUCUUCUAAUUUGGUCCCCAUCUCACAUGCCACAGGGGCCACACCUCCUCGAUGA